AUGACUUCUCUAAACAGGGACUUUACAGGCUCCAAUUUCCCGGGUAGUGAUCUGCAUCAGGACGACCUUCGCACCGAGUCUUUGCAGACCCUUCAGCAGUAUAUGUCUCCACCUUCAGGAAAUUUAAUGGACUAUGAUUGGGACCAACUUCAAGAAGAAUACAUCGCUUCUAUGGAAAAGCAUGAAAAUGCUGAAAGAGACUUACGUAACCGUGUCGCCAAGUUGCUUGAGAUCUUCAUGGCGUGGUCGGAGACAACUGUUAUGCGCGAUGAAAUCAGAGCUUUAAAAAGAUUUAAGACACAAAUGAAACAUGUUCAGACCUCUGAAGAAGAUCUAGAACUGAAACGUAAACACUAUGUCGAUGUUGUGAAGGCUUUCGAAAGUGCCCUCGCUUUAUUGAACGACCGCCUCAAGUCGUAA